GUCGAAAUGAAAUUCAGUUUCGUUGCAGACGCGCCACGAGGUGACGUCAUCGGCGCGCGCCAGCAGCCCGAGCCACACGAGCAGAUGAUGUAAACAACCGCAGCGCGAGACUCCUUCCGCCGUGCGUCUGUCUUUAUGAGCGAGACCGGCCCUUCACGCUGCCGCGCGUCUCCCGCAGACCAUGCCCCGCGACCCCGACCCUCCUCCGGCGAAGAGAUUUAAGCCGGGCUCCCCCUUCUCGCGCCUGGACAAGAAGAAGCCGGGCAUGCUGCUGCCCAGAGCCGGACACGCGCCCGUCGGCGUGGACGCGCAGCGCAAACAGCUACCCAUCUAUCAGAGCAGAACCCAACUCAUCAACCAGCUCCGACAGCUUCACAACGCUGUGUUCAUCGGUGAGACGGGCUCCGGUAAAACCACGCAGAUCCCGCAGUACCUGUACGAGGCCGGCAUCGGUCGGCAGGGCGUCAUCGGCAUCACUCAGCCGCGCCGGGUGGCCGCCGUGUCGCUGGCAGCGCGGGUGGCCGAGGAGAAGAAGGUUCAGCUGGGAAAACUGGUGGGCUACACGGUGCGCUUCGAAGACGUCACGACGCCCGAGACCAAGCUGAAGUUCAUGACGGACGGGAUGCUGCUGCGGGAGGCGAUAGGCGAUCCCUUGUUACUGCGUUACACCGUGGUGAUCCUGGACGAGGCUCACGAGCGCACCGUUCACACAGACGUCCUGUUCGGCGUGGUGAAGAGCGCUCAGCGCAGACGCGGCGAACUCAACAAAAUACCUCUGAAGGUGAUUGUGAUGUCUGCCACAAUGGAUGUGGAUCUGUUCUCUCAGUACUUCAAUAAAUCACCGGUUCUGUAUCUGGAGGGCCGACAGCAUCCCAUUCAGAUCUACUACACCAAACAGCCUCAGUCCGACUACCUGCAGGCAGCGCUCGUCUCCAUAUUCCAGAUUCACCAGGAAGCGCCGCCGUCUCACGAUAUCCUGGUGUUCAUGACGGGUCAGGAGGAGAUCGAAGCGCUGGCUCGCACCUGCCGGGACAUUUCCAAACACCUGCCGGACAGCUGCGGGCCGAUGACGGUGGUGCCGCUCUACGCCUCUCUGCCUCAGACCCAGCAGCUGCGUGUGUUUCAGCCCGCUCCCAAGGGGUCCAGGAAGGUGGUUCUGUCCACAAACAUCGCAGAAACCUCCAUCACCAUAUCAGGCAUCAAAUACGUGAUCGACACGGGCAUGGUGAAAGCCAAACGCUACAAUCCAGACAGCGGUCUGGAGGUGCUGGCGGUGCAGCGCGUGUCUAAAGCUCAGGCCUGGCAGCGCUGCGGUCGAGCCGGGAGAGAAGACGCCGGCUCGUGUUACCGGCUCUACACUGAAGAGGAGUUUGACAGCCUCUCCAGCAUGACUGUACCCGAGAUACAGAGGUGUAAUCUGGCCAGUGUGAUUCUGCAGCUGCUGGCUCUGGGUGUUCCUGACGUCCUCAACUUUGACUUCAUGUCCAAACCGUCUCCUGAGUCGAUGCGGACGGCCGUGGAGCAGCUGUGUAUCCUCGGUGCCGUCGAUAGAAAAGAUGAUCAGGUGUCUUUAACACCGCUCGGCAAGAAAAUGGCCUGCUUCCCUCUAGAGCCUCGCUUCUCCAAAACCCUGCUGAUCUCUCCUGAUUUCUCCUGCGCCGAGGAGGUUCUGACCAUCAUCUCGCUCCUCUCCGUCGACUCGGUCCUCUACAAUCCCCCGGCGCGCAGAGAUGACGUCCUCGCCGUCCGCAAGAAGUUCGUCUCCAGCGAGGGAGACCACAUGACGCUCCUCAACAUCUACAGGGCCUUCAAGAAAGUCAGCGGAAACAAGGACUGGUGUCGAGAGAACUUUGUGAACAGCAGGAACAUGGGACUGGUGUCGGAGGUUCGAGCUCAACUCAGAGACAUCUGCAUCAAGAUGAACAUGAAGCUGGAGUCGUCUCUGUCGGACCUGGCCAACGUCCGGCGCUGUCUGGCUCACGGUCUGUUCGUGAACGCGGCGGAGCUGCAGCCGGACGGCUCUUACGUGGCUCUGGACACACACCAGCCCGUGGCCAUCCACCCCUCGUCCGUCCUGUUCCAGGCCAAGCCGGCCUGCGUGGUGUUCAACGAGCUGCUGCACACGUCCCGCUGCUACAUGAGGGAUCUGUGUCUGGUGGACCCCGACUGGCUGCAGGAGGCUGCGCCGGAGUAUUUCCGCCGGAAGCUGCGCGCCAUCAAGAGCUAACGCUUUCCCCACAAGCUGCGGUUCGGUUUCUGAAGGCUGCGUGACGGAAAGACGAAAGCCGAGCUCUUCAACGGUUCAUCUAGUGAUGCGCGGCGUGAUAAAAACGAGCGUUUUUCACCAAACUGUUGGAGCCCUUUGCUUUUUUUUUUUUUUUUGGGUUUUGAUAUGCAACACGUUAGGCAGUUUUGGCCAAAGAGUUUUGCUUUGAUAACUUUUCUAGAAGUGAACGAGUCCUUUCUACUCGCUGUAAGUCUGUUUCUAGCUCUUUUACAAACCGCUGAAAUGAAAUCCAGGUUCGCCUCAUCGAAUGUCUGCAUGCCUUUUUUAGUUCAGGUCAGUGCAUUUGUCAUAAAACUGGACUUGUACGUUUAAGAUCGACUGUUUUAGCCGUCACGUUUACCUUUGAGUAAGUUCAAAUUAAUACAGAUAUGAGUGAAUGAAGCCGGAGAUCAGCAUUGUGAUGCCUGGGCUAUAUUUCAUCUCAAAAAUAUAUUUUGCAUAAAGCAAAUUAAGUCUAUUGUUAGUUUUAUAACCAUAAAGACUAUACUAUAAAGAAUAGAACAAUAGUAGAUGAUAAAAUUAAAUAUUUAAAGAAAAAUUAAAAAACAUUAAAAAAAGUUUAAUAAAUAAAGAACAGUUG